UUUGCUCUCCGGGCAGUCGGGAGCUUCCCUAGCUUCUGCAGGCUUUUAAGGUCUGGCGGCAUAGAAAUGCCUGCCCCCCACCCCCUUCCUCGGUCUCCCCUUUCAGUUCAGAUGUGCUGAUGUGCAAACCGGAUUCAUCUUCCCGGAGCAGCAGCGGCGGCGGCGGCGGGCGCAGGCGGCUGCGGCUCGCGCUCGGUCGCGGGGUCCUGACAGCGGCGGGGGCGCGGCGUGGCGCGGCGCGGUAGCCGGAGCUCGGGUAGCAGGGGAGCCCGCGGUGCGCCUCUCGCCACGGCCGGUCGCGAUCGCGGGAAGUUCGGCCGCUGGAAGGACGACCUAGACCGAGCCGGGUUGGCUGCGGCCGCCGGGGCCGAGCUCCUCACCUGCCUUCCGCCCACCCGCGGGCUCCCGGCCAAGUUCCCCAGCAUCCGGGGGAGACAGACAGCAUUUGCCCUCUCUAGCGUCCCGAAGACAUCCGCAUGUCUCCGGACACCUGAACAUUCAGGUCUUUCCGAGGAGCCUCCCAGUGGGGAUAAGAACACUGUCCCUAGAGCCCCGCACAUCCACGCGGCCCUCCGGGUCUGGUCCCCUCCUUUUCCUCUAGGGGAGAAGGAUGGGUUUGCAAGCGCUCUCCCGGAGGAUGCUCCUGUGGUUGGUGGUCUCGGGUAUUGUUUUCUCCCGGGAGCUGUGGGUCUGCACUGGCCUCGAUUAUGAUUACAGUUUUGAUGGGAACGAAGAGGACAAAACGGAGCCUAUAGAUUACAAGGACCCGUGCAAAGCUGCUGUGUUUUGGGGUGACAUCGCCUUAGACGAUGAAGAUUUAAAUAUCUUCCAAAUAGACAGGACAAUUGACCUGACUCAGAGUCCCUUUGGAAAACUUGGACAUAUCACAGGUGGCUUUGGAGACCAUGGCCUGCCAAAGAAACGAGGGGCACUCUACCAACUUAUAGAGAGGAUCAGAAGAAUUGGCUCUGGCUCGGAGCAAAAUAACACCACGAAGGGAAAAAUACCUCCAAAAUUGUCAGAGCAAAAUGAGAAAAAUCGAGUUCCCAGAGCCGCUACAUCAAGAACAGAAAGAAUAUGGCCUGGAGGUGUCAUUCCAUAUGUCAUAGGAGGAAACUUUACUGGCAGCCAGAGAGCCAUGUUCAAGCAGGCCAUGAGACACUGGGAAAAGCACACCUGUGUGACUUUCACUGAGAGAAGUGAUGAAGAAAGUUACAUUGUGUUCACCUACAGGCCUUGUGGAUGCUGUUCCUAUGUUGGUCGGCGGGGGAAUGGCCCUCAAGCCAUCUCUAUUGGCAAGAACUGUGACAAGUUUGGAAUUGUUGUUCAUGAACUGGGCCACGUGAUCGGCUUCUGGCAUGAACAUACCCGCCCAGAUCGAGACAACCAUGUCACCAUCAUAAGAGAGAACAUCCAGCCAGGUCAAGAGUACAAUUUUCUAAAGAUGGAGCCUGGAGAAGUGAACUCUCUUGGGGAAAGAUACGAUUUUGACAGUAUCAUGCACUACGCCAGGAACACCUUCUCAAGGGGGAUGUUUUUAGACACAAUACUCCCCUCCCGUGAUGAUAACGGCAUCCGUCCUGCAAUCGGUCAACGGACCCGGUUAAGCAAAGGAGACAUUGCACAAGCAAGAAAGCUGUAUCGCUGCCCAGCAUGUGGAGAAACCCUACAAGAAUCUAGUGGCAACCUUUCCUCCCCAGGAUUCCCAAAUGGCUACCCUUCCUAUACACACUGCAUCUGGAGAGUGUCUGUGACCCCGGGAGAAAAGAUUGUCUUGAAUUUUACCACGAUGGACUUGUACAAGAGCAGUUUGUGCUGGUAUGAUUACAUUGAAGUAAGAGAUGGUUACUGGAGGAAGUCACCUCUCCUUGGUAGAUUCUGUGGGGACAAAGUGUCUGGAGUUCUUACAUCUACAGACAGCAGAAUGUGGAUUGAAUUUCGUAGCAGCAGUAACUGGGUAGGAAAAGGGUUUGCAGCCGUCUAUGAAGCGAUUUGUGGAGGGGAGAUAAGGAAAAAUGAAGGGCAGAUUCAGUCUCCCAAUUAUCCCGAUGACUACCGACCAAUGAAGGAGUGUGUAUGGAAAAUAAUGGUGUCCGAGGGCUACCAUGUUGGACUGACCUUUCAGGCCUUUGAGAUUGAAAGACAUGACAGCUGUGCCUAUGACCAUCUAGAAGUUCGAGAUGGAGCCAGUGAGAACAGUCCUUUGAUAGGGCGGUUCUGUGGCUAUGACAAACCUGAAGAUAUAAGAUCUACUUCUAAUACCCUGUGGAUGAAAUUUGUCUCUGAUGGGACUGUGAACAAGGCAGGGUUUGCUGCUAACUUUUUUAAAGAAGAAGAUGAGUGUGCUAAACCUGACCGAGGAGGCUGUGAGCAGAGGUGUCUUAACACACUAGGCAGCUACCAGUGUGCCUGUGAGCCUGGCUAUGAACUGGGGCCAGACAGAAGAAGCUGUGAAGCUGCUUGCGGAGGACUUCUUACAAAGCUCAACGGCACCAUAACCACCCCCGGCUGGCCCAAAGAGUACCCUCCGAACAAAAACUGUGUAUGGCAAGUGAUCGCACCAAGCCAGUACAGAAUCUCUGUGAAGUUUGAGUUUUUUGAAUUGGAAGGCAAUGAAGUUUGCAAAUAUGAUUACGUGGAGAUCUGGAGUGGCCUCUCCUCUGAGUCUAAGCUGCACGGCAAGUUCUGUGGUGCUGACGUACCUGAUGUGAUCACUUCUCAUUUCAACAACAUGAGGAUUGAGUUCAAGUCGGACAACACUGUAUCCAAGAAGGGCUUCAAAGCACAUUUUUUCUCAGAUAAGGAUGAGUGUUCAAAGGAUAAUGGUGGCUGUCAGCAUGAGUGUGUCAACACGAUGGGAAGCUACACGUGUCAGUGCCGGAAUGGAUUUGUGUUGCACGAGAACAAGCAUGAUUGCAAAGAAGCCGAGUGUGAACAGAAGAUCCACAGCCCAAGUGGCCUCAUCACCAGUCCCAACUGGCCAGACAAAUAUCCGAGCAGGAAAGAGUGCACGUGGGCCAUCAGUGCCAUUCCUGGCCACCGCAUCAAAUUAGCCUUCAAUGAGUUUGAGGUCGAGCAACAUCAAGAAUGUGCAUAUGAUCACUUGGAAAUUUUUGAUGGAGAAACGGAGAAGUCACCAAUUCUGGGCCGAUUAUGUGGCAGCAAGAUACCAGACCCCCUCAUGGCUACCGGGAAUGAAAUGUUUAUUCGGUUUAUUUCUGAUGCCUCUGUUCAAAGAAAAGGUUUUCAGGCUACUCACUCCACAGAGUGUGGUGGUCGAUUGAAAGCAGAGCGGAAGCCUAGAGACCUCUACUCUCAUGCUCAGUUUGGUGAUAAUAACUACCCAGGACAACUGGACUGUGAAUGGUUGUUGGUGUCAGAACAAGGCUCUAGACUUGAAUUGUCCUUCCAGACUUUCGAAGUAGAAGAAGAAGCUGACUGUGGCUAUGACUAUGUUGAAGUCUUUGAUGGUCUCAAUUCAAAAGCCUUGGGUCUUGGUAGAUUUUGUGGAUCAGGGCCACCAGAAGAAAUAUAUUCAAUUGGAGAUGUGGCUUUGAUUCAUUUUCACACAGAUGACACUAUCAACAAGAAAGGAUUUUAUAUAAGAUAUAAAAGUAUAAGAUACCCGGAAACCAUGCAUGCCGAGAACUAAUGCUGACUCUCCCUCAGAACAGAAAGAAAUGUGCAUAUGGAAAGAGACAUUUUUAAAAUGGACAACAUUAGUACAAUGAAUAUAAUGAAUUUGAGCAAAAGAAACCUGCAAGAUUAGAGUUAUCUCUGAAGUGAAAGAGAACUUUCCACAAAACCCGAUUGGUAUUGCAAGGAUGUUUGAAAGUCAUGCUUGUUCAAGGAAGAUUAAGAUCUUGAAAUAGAUGCCUCACACUUAGGACAGUUCAUUUCAUGGGCUGUGAUUCCCUGGAGUGAUUUCUUGACUACUUUUUCAAGAUAUGGGGACAUAAAAAUGAUCGGUCAGAUCAAAGCUUGGAAACCCACUUCUUGGGUCUUGGCAUGUUUGCUUAGACUUUGUAGGUCAGACACAGUGUAAACCAAAUCCAUGUAAGGCGAUGUGGAAUAGUGGUAUUUGGAAGGUGGUUCGUCAUUCAAAUGUAGGUGUGUGUUUGUGUGUAUGUUCACACAUUCAAGUGUGCAUGUGUGUGUGUGUGUGUGUGU